ACUAAGUUUUACGAGAUCCUGGGUGUUCCUAAGAACGCCUCCCAGGAGGAUCUGAAGAAGGCUUACAAGAAAGCCGCUAUCAAAAACCAUCCCGACAAAGGUGGAGAUCCCGAGAAGUUCAAAGAGCUAGCUCAGGCUUAUGAAGUUCUUAGUGACCCGGAAAAGCGUGAGAUUUAUGACCAAUAUGGCGAGGACGCGCUCAAGGAGGGAAUGGGUGGUGGUCCAGGUGGGGGGCAUGACCCAUUCGAUAUCUUCUCAUCCUUCUUUGGUGGUGGAGGUCCAUUCGGGGGGGGUAGCAGCCGGGGAAGGAGACAGAGACGUGGUGAAGAUGUUGUUCACCCUCUGAAGGUUUCCCUAGAGGACCUUUACGUCGGGACAACAAAGAAGCUCUCACUUACGAGGAAAGCUUUGUGCUCAAAGUGUAAUGGAAAAGGCUCAAAGUCGGGAGCUUCAAUGAAAUGCGGUGGCUGUCAGGGUACAGGUAUGAAGGUCACGAUCAGGCAGUUCGGACCGGGAAUGAUCCAGCAGAUGCAGCAUGCUUGUAAUGAAUGCAGUGGAACUGGCGAGACAAUCAGCGAUAGGGAUCGGUGUCCACAGUGCAAAGGGGAUAAGGUUGUCCCCGAGAAGAAGGUCCUCGAAGCACAUGUGGAUAAGGGAAUGCAACACAACCAAAAGGUCACGUUUUCCGGUCAAGCAGACGAAGCGCCUGACACGAUCACUGGAGAUAUAGUGUUUGUACUUCAGCAGAAGGAGCAUCCGAGGUUCAAGAGAAAGGGAGAUGACCUCUUCGUUGAGCACACCUUAUCUCUAGCUGAAGCCCUUUGUGGCUUCCAGUUCGUCCUGACCCACUUGGAUGACAGACAACUUCUCAUCCGGUCUAGUCCCGGUGAGGUUGUGAAACCCGAUUCGUACAAGGCAAUAAACGACGAGGGGAUGCCGGUAUACCAGAGGCCGUUCAUGAAGGGGAAACUAUACAUCCAUUUUUCGGUGGAAUUCCCGGAAUCGCUCUCCCCGGAUCAAGCCAAGGCCCUAGAGGCCGUGUUACCGCAAAAGCCCUCGGGUAAUCAGCUAACCGAAAUGGAGAUCGACGAAUGCGAAGAGACGACGCUUCACCAGGUUAACAUGGAGGAGGAGAUGAGGCGGAAGCAACAGUCUCAGAGAGAGGCUUACGAUGAUGAUGACGACGAUGGCGAUGACGGGCCCCAGCGUGUCCAAUGUGCUCAGCAGUGACCGUACCGUACGGUCGGGUCGACAUGUUUGUGUUCCGUUUUUGUUUUAAGGGUUUGAGACUUUAGGAAUCUUGGAGACAAAAGAGUCGUGGAACGGCCGGUUGUUUCGGUUUUCGGUUUUCGAUUUCGGAUAUCUGAUCUGAUUUAUAAAUAGAGAUUAUGUGUAGGUCAGAUUUGGGUUUUAUGAUUCAUGAUCGAUAUUCGUGGACAACUGAUAAUUAUUAAUGUAUCUUUGAAAAUAUAA